ACCGCCCCGGGGCCGCCCCCCUGCGCGCACUUCCGCGUGCAUGGCCUUGCUCCUGGGGACGCUGCGCACAAGCGCGCGGCGGAGCUCGAGGCGGGUGGCGCGCGUCUUCGCCGGCUUCCCGAAGUCUCAGCCCCAGGCGGCCUGCGCAGUCGCUCGCGCAAUGGCGACAAGGCAGGAGCCGCUGCUCCAGGGCCCGCCGCCCCCCGCCGGCGCCGUGGCCUACGACUACUUGGUGAUCGGCGGCGGCUCCGGGGGGCUGGCUAGCGCGCGCCGGGCGGCCGAGCUGGGCGCCAGGGUGGCGGUGGUGGAGAGCCACAAGCUGGGCGGCACUUGCGUGAAUGUCGGAUGUGUACCCAAAAAGGUAAUGUGGAACACGGCCGUGCACUCCGAGUUCAUGCACGACCACGCCGAUUACGGCUUUCAAAGUUGUGACAGCAAAUUCAACUGGCGGGUUAUAAAGGAAAAGCGGGAUGCCUAUGUGAGCCGCCUGAACUCCAUCUACGAAAAUAACCUAACCAAGGCCAAGAUAGAAAUCAUCCCUGGCUAUGCAGCGUUCACGGGCGAUCCCAGGCCCACAGUGGAGGUCAACGGGAAAAAAUACACCGCCCCUCACAUCCUGAUCGCAACAGGUGGCUCGCCCUCACAUCCGCAGGAGAGCGAGAUCCCAGGUGCCAGCCUAGGAAUAACCAGUGAUGGGUUUUUUCAGCUGGAAGAGUUGCCUCGCCGCAGCGUCAUCGUCGGUGCAGGGUACAUCGCCGUGGAGAUUGCUGGGAUCCUCUCGGCCCUGGGCUCCAGGACGUCCCUCAUGAUACGGCAUGACAAGGUGCUUAGAACUUUUGAUUCGAUGAUCAGUUCCAACUGCACUGAAGAGCUGGACAAUGCUGGCGUAGAGGUCCUGAAGCACUCGCAGGUCAAGGAAGUUAAGAAGACUCCCACGGGCUUGGAGGUCUGCGUGGUUACUUCAGUUCCUGGUUGGAGACCCACCUUCACCACGAUUCAAGAUGUUGACUGCCUGCUCUGGGCCAUUGGGCGGGACCCAAAUUCCGGGGGCCUGAAUUUGAACAAAGUGGGGAUUCAGACUGAUGGCAAAGGUCACAUCCUCGUGGACGAAUUCCAGAAUACUAACGUGAAAGGCAUCUACGCCGUUGGGGACGUAUGUGGAAAGGCUCUUCUCACUCCAGUCGCCAUAGCUGCUGGCCGAAAACUUGCCCAUAGACUUUUUGAAUGCAAAGAAGAUUCCAAAUUAGACUAUGACAAUAUUCCCACGGUGGUCUUUAGCCACCCCCCUAUUGGCACAGUGGGACUCACAGAAGAUGAGGCCAUGCAUAAAUAUGGAAAAGAAAACGUGAAGAUCUAUUCCACCACCUUUACCCCAAUGUAUCAUGCAGUUACCACAAGGAAAACAAAAUGUGUGAUGAAAAUGGUUUGUGCUAACAAGGAGGAGAAGGUGGUUGGGAUCCACAUGCAGGGAAUCGGGUGUGAUGAAAUGCUGCAGGGUUUUGCCGUAGCAGUGAAAAUGGGAGCCACAAAAGCCGACUUUGACAACACGGUUGCCAUUCACCCUACCUCUUCAGAAGAACUGGUCACACUUCGCUGAGAACUCAGAGACUCCUGUGGCUAGAAGUUGGACCAGCAGACCUUCUGAAAUGAACCAAAUAGUCACAUUUCCUUAAACCGUUUCCAUUUAAUGUAUUUCUUUACUGUAAUCAGGAUCUUCUGAUAGUGGAAAUUUUCAGUAAGUAAGAGAAUUUGUUUAUGUAAUUGGAAAUUUUGUUUUGUUAUCCAAGAUUGAUUUUCAAUCACUUCUCACGAUAAUAUUUUGAAGUUUUUUGUUAACAGCUCUGUGUUAGCUGGUUGUUGUGUUCUGUUUUAGCCUCAUCCCAAGGGUAGAAGUAUAUGAACUACAAUUAAGUGAAUGUACUCGAAGGAAUGUAGCUUGCCACUCUUCAUAGAGGAAGGUGAACAGCAACUGUUCACGUGUAGAUAACGCGAGUGCCCAGAACCUUUUGUUGUUGUUUUUGAAGCCAGUCGUGUGCCCUGCACGUUACAAAGCUGCUUCAAGGGCGUGACCUUUCUCCACAAACAGCACAAGAGGCCUUUCUCCCUUAUUUUAUUCUUUCUUUUAAAUGAUGAAACAUUAUUUGUUGCUUUCACGAGAUGAAGUACACCAAACCUGGGAAAGAUUUCAGGAGGCUGGUCACCUGAGCGAGGGACAUUUUAGAGGUGGUGCAAGAAGGAAAAGGCCUUACACUUCCGAAGUCCCUUCCUCUGCCAAGAGUUUCUAGUUCAAUGGAAGGUUUCAGUUUUUGUAUGUGCUCUUGUCGUUUUAUUUUUUUCUGAAAACAGUUUCCAAAACUUGAAAAUAAAAUCACAUACUUCUCUUCUUAUAAAAUUUGUUGUUAUGAAUGUAUGGAUCGCAGUUCAUUUCCUAAGAGCAUUUCACGUUGGAGGAUCAGAUGGCAACACCGAGCUACCGCCUUCAGAGGCCGAGAGCCUCAUGGGGGAGGAGCGAGAUUGCGCUUUUAUGACAAAGAGACCAGAGGUAUAAGAAAAUCAUUUCAGUUGAGUUGGAAGAACAGCCUAGAAAUCACAGCACUUUAUUUCUGUCAGCCUUCUCCAGCUAGGUAAGUUAAAUUUUCCCAUGGCCUUCAUUAGUGACACAGUGCCAACGACUUCUUUCAUUAAGCUUUUACUGAAUGCCCUUCUGGCUGGCGGUGGCCAGGUUUGCUCCCCUGAUUUCAGCUAGGUCCGAUGUCAGUGAAAUUACCCCAUUAGUAACUGGGUUAUGUGGUGAUUGCAGCGGGAAAAUAGGGUCUAAAAACCUGGUCAUGGACAGGCUGACACAACCCCCCCCUCCCCCCACCCCCCGUAUGCACCAGCCUGAAACAUCGUGGGCCGAGGUUCAGGGCUUCACAGACCUGGCGGGUUGCUCACAACGCACAGGCCCCAAACCUCGGAUGUGGCUGCAUAAAGAAAGGGGGAGGGCCCAGUAGUCACGUCCACUCUAACCAUGUAAUUUUGUUUGGUCUCAGGUAUCCUUUGCACUUCCUGUAUAAUAAACCGACGUGAAAGGAAUCUUUUCCAAUUUGUAGACUCUGUUCUCACCAGUCCUCAGAUUGGUUCAGCUGUGAGGUGAUCUGGCAACAGACUGCGUCGCAUCAGGCGCUGGACAAACUCAAGAGUGUGCAGGGCAACACCUGCCACACUGUAGGUGCCCAGUAGGUGGUUACUGCAGGAAAUACUUGGUACUUGCUCCAAGUAACCAUAUAGCCUAGAAUAAGAGCUAAAGUCCUACACAAAUAACUGUAAUUGAAAAUAAUGUGUUAAGCCAGGAUGACCACAUGAUGUGUUGACUAAAGUGGGACACUUUUGGGAGUGAAGCAGGACACAA